UUGCUUGCGAACGCACUACAUGAAGACGAGUGAAGAUGGCGGAUGUAUUGAGUGUUCUUCGCCAGUAUAACAUCCAGAAAAAAGAAAUCGUCGCGAAAGGAGAUGAAGUUAUCUUUGGAGAGUUCUCUUGGCCGAAAAAUGUCAAGACCAACUACAUAAUCUGGGGUACUGGCAAAGAGGGGCAGCCCAAAGAGUACUAUACACUAGACUCGAUCCUAUUCCUGCUCAACAAUGUGCAUCUGCCGCAUUCAUCCUAUGUGCGACGAGCCGCAACUGAGAACAUCCCUGUCGUCAGAAGACCAGAUCGAAAGGAUCUGCUCGCUUAUCUCAAUGGCGAGAGCUCUACGUCAACAAGUAUCGACAGAAGCGCACCUAUAGAAAUAGGUCUACAGAGGCCAACACAAGUCAAACGAGCAGCUGAUGAAGUAUCUUCUGAAGCCAAAAAGCCGAGGAUUGAGGAUGAGGAGCGAGUGCGUCUGGACAAGGAGCGCCUGGCCGCCCGUCUGGAGGGCCAUAAGGAAGGCAUCGUGCAGACCGACCAGAUCCGAUCGCUGUCUGAGGCCAUGUCAGUGGAGAAAAUUGCAGCCAUCAAAGCCAAGAUCAUGGCCAAGAAACGCUCAACGAUUAAAACCGACCUGGAUGACGACAUAACCCUGAAGCAGAGAAGCUUCGUAGACGCAGAGGUGGACGUCACCAGAGAUAUUGUGAGCCGAGAGCGGGUCUGGAGGACCAGGACAACCAUUCUUCAGAGCACCGGCAAGAACUUCUCCAAGAACAUCUUCGCCAUUCUCCAGUCGGUGAAAGCCAGGGAAGAAGGGCGAGCCCCGGAGCAGAGACCUGCACAGAACACCACUCAAGUGGACCCGUCCCUGAGGAACAAGCAGCCGGUCCCAGCCGCCUACAACAGAUACGAUCAGGAGCGAUUCAAAGGGAAAGAGGAAACGGAGGGUUUCAAGAUCGACACCAUGGGCACGUACCACGGCAUGACCCUGAAGUCAGUGACGGAAGGAGCGUCGGCUCGGAAAGCCCAGACCCCCGCCAUGCAGCCGGUCCCUCGCCCAGUCUCACAAGCCAGGCCGCCUCCAAAUCAGAAGAAAGGAUCCCGGACUCCCAUCAUCAUCAUCCCCGCUGCCACCACCUCGCUCAUCACAAUGCUCAACGCUAAAGACCUCCUGCAGGACCUCAAGUUCGUCACGUCGGAAGAGAAGAAGAAGCAGGGCAUCCCGCGCGACAACGAGGUUCUGCUCCAGAGGCGCAAGGACCAGAUCCAGCCGGGCGGCGCCACGCUGAGCGUCACCGUGCCGUACCGCAUCAUCGACCAGCCGCUCAAGCUGGCGCCGCAGGACUGGGAUCGAGUGGUCGCCGUGUUCGUGCAGGGUCCUGCCUGGCAGUUCAAGGGCUGGCCGUGGCUGCUGCCCGACGGAUCUCCCGUGGACAUUUUCGCUAAAAUCCGGGCCUUCCACCUGAAGUACGACGAGGCCAAGACGGACCCCAACGUGCAGAAGUGGGACGUGACGGUCCUGGAGCUGAGCCGCCACCGGCGCCAUCUGGACCGGCCCAUCUUCCUGCGCUUCUGGGAAACCCUGGACAAAUACAUGGUGAAACACAAAUCACACCUCAGGUUCUGAGCCCGGGUCGCCGCGUCCGCUACCAAAAAUCCCGCCGCCGAUGUGACCGGCCUUCCGCCCGAGCCGGCGGACCGCUCCACUGCUCCACCGCUCCCUCCGAGGACGCCCCAGGGAGUCUCUGGAUGUGGGAGAAACCGGUUUAGGGGAUUUUUGUGUGCUUGUUGUAAUUGUUUUCUAAUGUUUUCAUGUAGGUAAACAGAAAUACCAAACUAUGUUUUAUAUUUAAAAAAAAUGAAAAAAAAACA